GCCGGCGGGGCCGGAGGGGGCGGCGCGGCGGAGCCUCCAGUGGCCUCGGACGCUCCUCCUAGCCCGCGGCUGCCGCCCGCCUCCGCCUGCGCCUCCAACUCCGUCGCCCCGGCCGGCCGGCCGCCACUUCCGGCCGCUCACCUGGGACGCGCUCACCUGCCUCGGGGCGUCUGGGCACCAGGAUGAAGGACCGGCUGGAGCAGCUGAAGGCCAAGCAGCUCACACAGGAUGAUGAUGCGGACGAGGUUGAGAUUGCCAUUGACAACACGGCUUUCAUGGAUGAGUUCUUUGCGGAGAUCGAGGAAACUCGUCAGAACAUCGACAAGAUCUCAGAACACGUGGAAGAGGCUAAGAAACUCUACAGUAUCAUCCUGUCUGCACCGAUUCCUGAGCCAAAAACCAAGGAUGACCUAGAGCAGCUCACGACCGAGAUCAAGAAAAGGGCCAACAACGUCCGGAACAAACUGAAGAGUAUGGAGAGGCACAUCGAGGAGGAUGAGGUCCGGUCGUCCGCAGACCUUCGGAUUCGGAAAUCCCAGCACUCCGUCCUGUCCCGGAAGUUUGUGGAGGUGAUGACCAGAUACAACGAGGCUCAGGUGGACUUCCGCGAACGCAGUAAAGGGCGAAUCCAGCGGCAGCUCGAAAUCACUGGCAAAAAGACCACAGAUGAGGAGCUGGAGGAGAUGCUGGAGAGUGGGAACCCUGCCAUCUUCACUUCUGGGAUCAUCGACUCUCAGAUUUCCAAGCAAGCCCUCAGUGAGAUCGAAGGGCGGCACAAGGACAUCGUGAGGCUGGAGAGCAGCAUCAAGGAGCUUCAUGACAUGUUUAUGGACAUCGCCAUGCUGGUGGAGAAUCAGGGUGAGAUGCUAGAUAACAUAGAGCUGAAUGUCAUGCACACAGUGGACCAUGUGGAGAAGGCACGGGAAGAAACUAAAAGAGCCGUGAAGUACCAGGGUCAGGCCCGGAAGAAAUUGAUAAUUAUCAUUGUGGUAGUAGUGGUGUUGCUGGGCAUUUUAGCAUUGAUUAUUGGACUUUCCGUUGGGCUGAAGUAAUGGUGGCCCGAGUGGCUGCUGCACUGAAAUUGACGUCUGAUCUUCUGUCUCCACCUUCUAGGUUUGUGACUAAGUGUUAAUGUUGCUCUCCACCAUCGUUCUGUGCACUGAUCAGCAACUCCUUCCCGUGCCUCUCUUAGAACCCGAUUUCACUCCAACCUGGUAUGGCCACCCUUGUCUUCAGAUGGGAAUGGAGUUUGAAUGGCUUUCCUGAGAGAGAGUGGGACCUGUUCCUUUGUUUCCUUGUAACCGUCCUUGGACCUGACCCAGCAAACAACUUAGCCCCGGAGGAAGCUAAUCUGCCUGAUGUAACCCUGAGUUCUCAGAACCUUCUCCUGCCCCACCAACUCUGAAGUACCUUCUCUCCUGGACAGUAUGAACCAACCCAGCUUUUCUUUGUUCCCUCUGAAUGUGUCAAAGUAAGCCUUGCACCUUGGAAAGCUGAUUUCAAACCUUCCCAGGGUGCUGUAUUUUCUACCUCAUGGAGUAUUCUUCUCCCAGAAAUUGCAACGUAUUUUUUAAGGGGUAUCUUUAACAACACAAAGGGAUUCUUCCAAGCGUGGUGACAAUAAGGCUCAGCUCGAGCCUUGUACUUGGCAGGGUCUUGGUCCUCAUAGUUUGUUGUCCCUAUGUCUUGAAAAUAUGUGGAACUGGCAGAUGUCACUUUGGUCUUAGCAGCUGACUUGUUUGAAGUUCAAUCUUAAAUUAAGCUCUUGGUAUGUUCAGCUUCAUGGCCAACUUCAGUCUUUAUGUUGUGUUCUCUCAUGUUUACUCAAGGAGGCACCAGGAUGAUACGGUUGUCUGAGGUUACCAUUUGUAAAGGCUGAAGGUAUGAGAUACUUGUUUGCCUCUCUGAGUCUUGGAAACCGGCUGUUCUCCUUUGGAGCGAUGCUUUGUGAAGCCACUGCCUUGAGGCCAAAAAUAACCAGGCACUUAAAAUUGGGCCAGGGACAAGGUGCUUGAGUCUCAGGCUCUGGAAAUGCUUAGAUUGGUGCGAGUGUUCAGUCACUCAUUUCAUAUGUUCCAGAUGUACUUCUAUAAUCGUGUGUGAGACGUACAUAUAUAUUUGCCUGUCUCUCUCAGGAAGUAGGAAACUAGAAAUGGAGAAUAUUAUAACAUCAAAAAACAAAAACAAAAACAAAAACCUUGGGCUGAGCUAAAAAUUAGGUAAGACAUUUGCUUAUUUGCAAAUGAAUCACAGCAGAAAUAGGAUCUCCCUGUGUCAUUGAGAGACCUUGUUUUCUGGAUGAGUGCUGGGACGAUCAUAGAUCUUCGGGGUUAGGACUACACUGAUCCCACUGUUUUUCUGCUUGGCAGACAGCUAUGACAAGUUUUGGCACCUCUCCUUGCUGCUGCAUAGGUGAGGCUUGUCCUGAGAGUAUCCCACAGCAAUCUUAGAUCAUUCCCGGGGCCUUUAGGAUGAUCCUGUCUCCAGGGCUGAGACAGCUGGGGGAGACCGGGGACUACUGAGUAGCUGGUAUUGCUGCCAGGUAAAUGAGCUUGACAGGUUCUUUGUCUCCUCCCCAAUUCUUAUCAUGGAGGAAGCAACAGCCAGGAAAUGAUUUCAAGUGUAGUGACUAUGGUGACCCAGUGGUGAGCCCCUUAGAUUCCCUGCCAGUCUCCCUGAUGUAUAGUUGAACUUCGACACUCUAGGAUAGAGUGAGCACCUAAUCCAGGCACUGCCCUGAGCUUCCUUUGCAAAGGCUACGUACUCCGUCAUUGCUCAGCACUCCGACAGAGCCAAAGGGAUGCCCUCUUCCCAUGGCUAUGAAGUCAGACAGUGGACUGGCUCCAGCAACGAGGGAAGACAAGCUCUUAACCAUAGGCCUUUGUUGAGCCCUGGGGCUUAGUUUGGAAUACAAUAAGUGAAGGUUUUUUUUUGUCAUUUGUGUUUUUUAAAUGUAAACUUGAUUAUUUUAUUGAUAAUUUAAAAAUAAAUGACUUUAUAUUGAUCCUGAAACAGUUCUUCCUCUAUUUCCCUACAAAACAGUGGUUGGGUGCCACCAUGUGGUGGUUUUGUUUAGGUUUUGGAAACAAGGGUUACAGUGAUUUUAUCCAUGUGCCAGACUGCAAGGAUCAAAAGUUCUAAUUUUUGAAAAUGUUUUAACUCUCAAAGAAUAUGGUUUAACUAUAUUUGAGUUUCAGGUUUAAGGUGGUCUCCCUAAGAAUUCAGUUCACUCAUCAGGAGUAUCUGUCUCUAGGAGGAGAUGGGGUAGCUCUGGUGUGGUGGGAACCAGAGAGCAGAACAACAUACUGAACAUCCUCAGAGACUGCUGUUGAUCUCAUUUUGAAUCUCUUGCCUGAAAGCAACGCUUCUAGUAACAUCCUGGGUUCUUAAAGCCAGAUCCAUCACCCUUUCCCUUCACAUCUUCCUCCGUGUCUAGAUCCACUUUCGCCUUCCUUCCCCUGCAACUCUGCGCAGUGAUGCUGCUUCUCACAUGCUUUUUCUUUCCUUGUCUGGAUGAGCAGAAGAAGAUCAUGAUCAUGAUCUGCUGUAUUAUCCUUGCGAUCAUCUUAGCUUCUACCAUUGGGGGCAUAUUUGCCUGAAAAAGGUGAGCCAUUUGUGGGGAGAUGAUUUUUUUCUUUCACUUACUUGAAACUCUUACAUGCUUAAAAGCACUUAUCGCUGGUUCCCCAGAUUUGGGAGGGAACAGGUAUUAGACUAGAAAAAGGCUGGAGAGAACUAUGAAAAAAGGUUUCAUAGAGAAGUACGGGUGAAUAACGAGUUGGCUAUAGAUCGGGAGGCAGGGGGCAGUCUGCUCUGUUUAGUAUGAUUUGUAGAAGGAUGUUGACUUCCUGCAGCAAAAUUUGGAUGGUGGUGUCUGGGAAUGGCUAAAGGAGAAAGAAUUAGUUCUUGCACUGGAAGCACCCCUCUCUAGUAGGAGAGAACCAGCCAGUAACCCCAGAGUAAAUUAAUGUCCUCUCUUUGAGGGUUAGGACCGUUAGUGCAGACUUGCCAAGUAGACUCUUUGCCCCUGCAGAGGAAGCACUUGGUGAUCCUGGCUUCAAACCUCCUGUUGUAUAACCUGUGAUUUUUUUCCCCUUCCGUUACCCCUUGUAGUCCUCACCGAUGGAGCCUCGGGCGGCACUUUUAAUCCUCCUUCCACUUUUCUGUGGUGCCAUCACUUCUCCACUGCAGAUUCCUCAACAGCUACUCCUUUCCACUGUGAAACCUAUGACAUAGGGUCUCCAUCAACCACCUCUUAAAAGUUAUGCAAAGGUAGACUUAGGACAGUGCGGGAUUGAGCGGGGGGGGGCAGGGCUGAAGGAACGCGAGCUGGUUAGGAAGGUGGUGUCAAGGAGAGGCUGAUGGGUAGAGAACACGUGCUUGUUGGGGAAAUAAAACAGAGCCAGGCAGGUAUUAGAGCACACCCAGUUCAUCAGCAUUUAAUUUUCUCUGACCAGUACCAGGCGCGUUAUGUCUGGUCUUCAGGUUCUUCUAGGUCUCACCUUUGACCAACGCUCCAUCUACUUCCUUCUUCAGGGUCUGAUAGUCUAAAGUGAAGAUGGUCUAACCACAGGUGCCACGCAUGUCUUGCUCACAGCCGCGUCCCCAGUCCUUAGUACAGUGCUUGCCACUUACAGAUGUUCAAGGAUGGGUUGACUUAAUUAGCUGUAAUUAAGCUCUGAUUUCUGCUCAUGGUUGAGUCCGUGGGUUUUACUUUGAAACCUUUUAAGGCAUCAGUGGUAAGCAGGUUUGUUAGUAUGAGAGGCUGUGUGCAAAUACCUGUGAAGGGGCUGAUUCACUUAUGCAAAUAUAUGACAGGCUUCCCACUACUGUGACAUGGUCUUUUUUUAUGAAUGGUGAUGGGAGUUGACAGUCUCUCACUCUCAAAGACUGCUGGUCCCCGGAUUGUGGCUCCCAAACAAAAGAAACUGGUUUAUACCAUGACUAAACUCCCGACAAGCAUCAGGACCAUGCUCUAUGAACUGUAACAGAGAGGAGAGAUCAAGUCAGAAAAGUAACAGGCAGCUACCACUUGCAUCGUUUCUUACAUGGUUCAUGUUGCUAGCUGAAACUGAAUUUUCUUGGCCAGCAGUGUGCCUAAAACUAUCCUGAACAAUGGCUCCAAUUCAAAGUUCAGAUGUGUUCUAAUGCAAUUUAGUAAUUAUAUUACAAGAGCUUCACUACAAAUACAUUAACCACCACCAUGUGCAACUCUUGAGGACCAUGUAACUGUUUAGAUAUAAUUGCACUUUUGAAAGAUUACUUUCUUUGCCACACAUCUUUUAUAAGAAAGCGGGAUUUAAAAAAAAGCUGACGUUUCAAGUCAGUGUGCUCUUUCUACCCAUUUUCAAAAGCAAAUGGUGUACUAUUUCUAUCCAUUUGUAUUUCUUUCAGUUUGAAUAGAGGAUAGAAAACUGCUGGGUAGUUCUGGAAGAGAUGAAUCUUGUUACAGACCAGACAGGAAGGUGGAGCCAUGGGGAUUUGAGACACAUGGGGCCUUUAUUCAUCCAACAGUAACUAGUUGAGUGCUGUGCAGCACCGCACUGUCCUAGAACCUGUGGGGCCACAAAGGUAGAGCCAAAUACAUGCCCUCCUCGGAGUUUCAGACCUAGGAAAGGCCAACUUCAACUUUUAUCACUUACUUGUGUUAAAAGGCAAGGGUAUGUUCCUUAUCAUAUUGUCCAACAUUCCCCUUUGUCUUCCAAAAUUGAGAGAUGGGUAGUUGGGCAUAAAUAAAUAUCUGUUGAAUUAAUGUAUGUACCGGUGUGUUUUUGCUUUCCAAAAACAUCUGUAACUAGUAAAGACAGCAACUAUCUCCUGUGUAAAGGGUGGUACAGAAUUCUCCCAGUGUCCAAAAGUAGUGUUCCUAAAACUGAAACCAUGUACAGUGAAAAAUUACCAUUUUGUAAAAGCAAAAAUCUUCAGAUUUCUUUCAGUUUGAGGAAAACAGGUACCAAUGUAGCUCUUUGGUAAAAGUGAAGCGAUGUGAAGCAGACUUGGACAGCAAGGAAACCCAGGCAGAUAUUAAAUCCAACUUACACAGAGAUGGGAGAUGGAGGCAUUUGUUUCAGCCCUGAAGAUCUGCAUCUUACAGCUGGGGAGAACUGGACCCACUCACAAUCAGUAAAGCUGG